CGAGCAAAAAAGUACACGUAUGGCUCGUGAUCGAGCCUGGCAAAAGCUCUUAUAAAAGCAGAUCCCGUCACUGCUAACGUCAGUUUUCAUUCGAGCAACUUUACUACAAAAUGAGAACGUUUCUAGGAAUACUUUGUGUGACCCUUGCAAUCCAGCUGGUGAUCGUCUUCAGCGAUGCUGAGCAGCAUGUCCCUGGGCGAUUCAAGGCUGGCCUAGACUUCCACCAAGAGGCUGGUGACAAGGCCUCAACCCGCUCCAUCACCUCCUCGGAACCCGGCGCCGAAUGGGCUAAGAGCUCCGUGCAAACCCCGAUCGAAGAUGAGAUCACCGACUUGAACAAGGAGAAGGAAGCCAGCAAGAAGAAGGAGGCCAAUGCUGAGGCCGGCGAGGACCUCGAGGACCUUGAGGAUUUGGAGGAUAUCGAUCACCUGGCCACCCGUGGUCUCGAAGACUUGGACGAGGAUUUGGGGGAGGAUGAUUUGGAUGUGGAAGGAGCCGCCGACCAUGAACUUGAAACACGCGGACUCCUUGAAUCAGGAAUGAACAUGCUCCCGUCGCGCGAGGCCUUGAGUCAUACCGUCUCCGACCUGAAGGACAGGGCCGCGAGUAUCCCGAGGGCCGUUUCGGACAUGUACCACGACCCGCAGGCCGCCCGUGAAUCCCUCCGCAACACCCUGAGCAACGCCAAGGACACCGUCAUGAACUCAAACGUUCGCGCCAAGAUGGCCGAUCUCUACAAGGCCGGACUCGACAAGGGCCUCGACCUCUACAAGGGCAUCAACCAGCGUCUCAGCCCCGGCAUGGCCAAGACCCUCAACCAAGGCGUCAGCUCCACCAUGCGCACCAUCCAAGCCGCCAAGGAGUCCCCCAUCGCCAAGUCCAUCUCCGAGAAGGUCGCCGCCUGGUUGCCCUGAGCUCUCAGCGAUCCCUCGUUCAUGGAAUAAUGGUUCUCCUCGAUCCGUCCGGGAUUCUAAUUUUUCUGAUUUCUUCCACGUCCCCUCCCCCUAUUUUCGAGAAACGAUUCUCGUCUAAAUUUUACCUCUUUUUCUGAUAGUCCUCUCGAAGAACCCCUUGAAUAAAUUGCAUAGAUCAACGCA